UUAGCCAAUAAUUAUGGCACAAAAAACAUUGUAAACGUUUUCGAUAAAUUGAAUUGAAAUGAAAACCCUCGCAUUUGCAGUGGUUUUUGUCCUUUCUCUUGUUUUUGUACAAGCACAUAAAGAAGAAUGUCCCUCCAGGGAGGAGGUGCAGAAGAUGGACCCAGUGACCCUCACUACUGCCAUGUGGUGUAACAGGGACAGAGACUGUCAGAAGGAGGAGCAAUGUUGUAAAACACCCUUAGGACAAAAAUGUUUCGCCACUCAGGAUACAGACAAAGAUGACUUGAAGGAAAAUGAUGAUGACAAUGAUUGUGAUGAUGAAGAUAAGAAAAAUGACAAUAAAGAGCGCCAUUCUAAAUGUCACAGACAUGGGUUUAUAAAUCCAGUGAUUGUGACAGCUAUAGUUCUAGGGGUGGUGCUGCUGUUUGUCGUUAUGAUAACUUCGGUGAAAAGAUUUUGUGUUCGUAGCAAAAUAGGGAAUUCACAAAUUAACAUACGUGGCAAAGAUCCCUCUGGACGUUCUUCAAACUAUAUCGUUAAACCAAAAACCACAGGUUUAUAUGAUUCUACAAAAAACACCAGAAAAGAAGAAUGCUGGAUUGACGAUAACCCACCACCUCCCUACUUCAUCUCCCCCACCGCUCCUCCUGCUUAUUCUAUAGAUCCGCCACCGAGCUAUUCACAUCAGGCAAAAAUGAGUGGACAUGUGGACAAAUACUGAUUUUUUUAAACUCAGUGAUUUUACUGCUGGUUCUUCUUUGUUAAAUACUGCCUUGUUAUUGUUUAAUAAACUUAAUGAUAUCCAUAAGUUGUUUUGUCGGCCAUAAACUUUGAUAUUAAAGAUUCACUUUUCAGCAUU